AAACAAAGUAAUCUAACCAUCAAUAUCCAUCUGCAACUCUCAAGCCUACUUUCUCUCUCUCUCUCUCUCUCUCUCUCUCUCUCUCUCUCUGAGAUUUCAUCAUUUCCAAAUUCCAACGUAUCGAAAUUCAAUUACUUUUUGUUUCCUAUUUUGUUUAUGCUCACAUCAUUAUUUUCUAGUUUGCUUGCAUUUCUUUACCGAAUCUGUUCAGUUUUUGUUUAAUUUUGGUUCGAGAAUGGCUGUAAUGAAAGAUGCUCAUAUCGUAGAAAUUCCAGUAGAUGAAGAACACCAACACAAGCUUCUGUGUGCUAUGAACACAGUCACAGCAAUUCAGAACCACCCACUAACAGAAAUCUCCCAUAGUCCCGGCCAUCUGCUGCUUCUCAAGCUCUGGCAAAGAGAAGAGGAUCUUUUCUGCCGCCGAAUUGCUGUGAAAGAGUCUAGAAUGGAUUCUACCAGACGUGAAAUCUUCCAACUUUGUUGUUUCUUUUUACUCUUCCAUGGAAUCUUUUUAACCAUGUUGUUUACCUCUUCUGUCAACAGCAGAGAGCAUACUUGCAGAAAAUGGUGGAUACCCUCUUUUGUGUCAGUGUCCACUUCACUUGUGUUUGUGUUUCUUGUUCAGGUUAAAGUUUUCAGGUACUGGAAGGUGUGGAGGCAGUUGCAGAGGGAGAGGAAUGAUAACAGAGCCCUAGCGAGGUGCAUUCAAGAGCUGAGAAUGAAAGGGUCGAGUUUCGAUUUGUCCAAGGAGCCACAGAGCGCGAAGAGAAUGAAAAGCUCCAGUGUUGAGAUCAAAUGGAAGCCACUCACUUGGUGUUCACAGUAUCUGAUUAAUAUCUGUCUUAUUUGCUUCUCAGGGUUGGUCUUUCCUGCCUCUAAAUUCAUCCUCUGCGGCUUCUAAAUCAGGGAGAUGCUUCUGGGACACUGGAUUUUGCCAAGGUAGAACGUGGCAAUUAUGGGACCCAACACAAAAUGGUACACUGCUCAUGAUGGAAUUCAAGAGUCUGAAGAAAAAUAUGCAUAUAGUUGUGUCACUAAACUAUGUCAUUCUUCUUAGUUUGAUGAUCGUUUCAAGGGGAUGAAGCAUCUCGGUCCGAUCAUUUCUUGGGGAAAAUCUUUGGAAAUUUUGAGUCCCUCAUUCAUGGCUCAGAAUGGAAGAAUGCUGUGUGCUAUUUAACAACUCAUGGAUUGUAGAAUUUUUACCUUGUGGCUUUUCCGGCUUCCAGAAUCAGAACUUAAUAGCCAAAGGACUUUCCCGACUCAAGUUUUACUUUGCAGAGUUAAUAUUAUUAGUUGUAUUAGAAUUCUGUAUUGAUUUUGAAUAGGCAGCAACACACAGCUUGUGUGUGUGUUUUAUGAUGCAGAAACCUUUUCAUGAACUGGAACUUUUCAAGCUUCUUAUGAGAAUUGGAAUUUUUUUCA